GAGUUUAACUCACCGCUUCUAUCACUGGACCUCUUAACUAUUCUGCGAAGAGGCUAAACCUUCACACGAGGAGCUUUUCUCGCUCCACAUUCAGCUUGGGGUUUACUGUGCUCGAACCCCAUAGUCCCACAAGCAUCAGCGAGUUCGAUCUUGAACUGUAAGACUCCCCUGGAAGACGCAGUCGGCUUUCUGCCUGAGUGCUUGCUUAGACUCGCUGUAAACUGGCGGAAGCGAGCAUUCUCAUCAAGAACAAACCUGACAAACGCAGCAGUGAUCAGUCCUCCUUCAUGAUGUCACAGUCGAACUAUAUGUCCAAUCAAUUUGGCAACCCCAACGAGGGGGUUGACCCGUCGGAGCUUAGUAUGCAGAACGGUGGAUUCAUGUCCUACCCAUUUACGUCGCAGCAGAACUUCAACUUUGGAAACUCAGGUAUUGAUACAGAUGAGUUGUUGGACCUGGAAAUCAACGGACAGAAUGGCAUGCAGCAGAACUUCCUCCAGGACCAGCAUUCGGGUGCCGGAAUUUCCAUGAGUCAUCCGGGGCAGAUGUCUCAGAUGUACUCCAACACGCCCGAUGGAGCUCCCAUGAACAGCCCGUUCAUGCACAGUUUUAACUAUGACCACUUUCGAUCCAUGAACCAAAACGGCCAGCCCGGCUCUCAUCUGCAGAGUGGAUCCCAGUUCGAACAGAGUUAUCUGGCUUCCAAAGGCCGCCCGAGUUUGCAAGCAGUGGACCGCGCCUCGCUUGAUGCGCGCAGUCCGAUGACCCCGAGGACCCCAGCCCUUGGUGCAUUGACCCUGGGAACCCCAGAAUCUGGAAGUUUUCCUACGCAACCCAUCCGGACUGGCCUGCAGCAUCGCCACCAGAAGACACUGUCUAACCAAUGGGACGGUACGCCAGGAAGUGCCCAUUCUUUCGUGGAGUCCCCAAUCUCCUCCCCCGGCCACCCUCACCACGCGGGAAUCUCGGAGAUCCUCAAGUCUGGUAAACAUGCUUCCUUGCCGGCCAAGGUUGAUACGCACAUGCCAGGUAGUGCCCAGGACCUAGAAUCCCAAGAGGCCAAGCGACGCCGUCGGCGGGCCUCCCAUAACCUGGUCGAGCGCCGGCGACGGGACAACAUCAACGAGCGCAUCCAGGAUCUCUCCCACCUCGUUCCCCAGCAUCGCUUGGAGGAUGACAAAGUCCGGAAGCAGCUUGUCAACAACACAGCAAUGUCUGCCACUGGAGCCACCCCCAAUGCCGCGACGUCUUUGCUGGCUGGAGGCAAUGGUCGCCGGGCCACUGCGGGUAACAUUACGAUGGGUCUGCCAAUCGAGGAGAAAGAGAAGGGCCCCAACAAGGGCGACAUCCUGAACGGUGCCGUAGGCUGGAUGCGUGACCUAAUGUGGGCCCUACAUGUUAAGCUCCAGCAGGAAUCGGAGCUGGCUGAAAUCAUCAGCAACUUGGGUGGAACUUGGCCAUUCGAACAGACCGAAGAAGAGAAGCGGAUGAGAACGGAGAUUCUCGAUGCUUUGGAGAAGAACGACCCUAGUUCGUUCACUUAUAGCAGGGCACCCGGAAGCGGGCUGCGAGUACCGAAACACACGAACAUGGCAGGGGACUCUGUGGCUGGCAAUGGGGCUUUGAGCCCCCAGAGCCUGAGCCCCCCGUUCAACGGCAACGGCGGUAGCAACGGAGGCUCUGGGCAGGCUCAGUACUGGAGCAGCUCGGGUCACGCGGGCAUGAGCUUCAAGGAGGAAGACGAGUAUGCGAUGGAGAUGAAUUAGAUACAUUCCCGCUAACUAUCGCUCGAGCUCUCAUUUCUUCAAACGAACGCAUGUCAUGAGCUAUUGCAUACAAGGGCGUCAAACGGACGGGUAGUUGACCGGCGUACACGGAAGCCUUAUCAUGCCAUCGAGGCUAAAGGGCCAGUU